CCUUCUCGUGCGCGUCUCCAACUUGCUGCCAGGCUAGCUAUGAACAAGCGUAACGCUGAAGCUGCUGCGAACGGCGGGCAAGAGGGCGGCUCGGCUCAAGCCGACAAUUCCACUGGUUCUGGUACAUUCAGCCUCCCAGAUGAGUCAGCCAGCGAUCGCCUCCGGAAUCCCUUUGAGGAUGAAGAGGAGGACGAGGAUGAGGACAACGAUGGCAAUGGGUCUGGCAGUGAUGAUGGAGAGCUGGAUAACACAGCCCAUAACGGCUUGGGAGGUAGUACGUGGAAUCGUGGGUCCUGGUGGCGCGGGAUGGUUCCCGGUGGACAGAAGAACAAGAGCAGGGGGGAUAGCCAGGAUGCAGAACGAUUCGGGGAUGGGCGUGACAGCGAAUCUGAUGAUGGGGCUGACGGAGGUGACGUGGUGGAUGAUAUCGACGACGAAGAGUUUGGAGACUUUGCCAUGCCUGAGGUUGAAGGCAACGCCCAAGAUUCGGAACAGUCUCCCACUUCGGGCCGUACGGUCUCUGGCAUCGACCCUGCGCGGGAGAAGAUCCUGGUCAAGCCGCUCCCAGUCCAUCCGAGCAAAAGCGGUAGUCCGUUUGGUAAUCUGUGGCCUUUCUCUACUCCUGGAUUCGGCAAGAAGGAUGAGAGGGAGGUUCCGACGUCUUCGACGGGCGAACAGGGCUCAGAAAGGCAGAAGGAAAAUGCUAGCCCUAGAAGCGGUGUUCCUAUCACAGAGGAGCCCGAGGAACUGGACGCUGUAAUGGAGGAUCUAGUUAUCGGCGAGGACGGCAAGAAGAUCAACCGCGCGGUUGAGGCGAAGAGGAGGACAAGUAUUGAGGAUCCGGAUGACGACGAGGCGGAGGAAAUCUUUGUCAGCAGGCCUACCGGA